GAAUUCGGAAAACGAAGAAGAAUGAAUUUCAAAACUCCCGCGAAAUGAAAAUGAACAACAUUUAAAGUUCCCGCCAAACCAGAAGGCCGACGGUUUUCACCGAGCUGAAGAACAACAACAAACACCAUCAGCUGAGAUUGUCACUGAAAUGUGUCAGUAUGAAGAAACAAGAGAAAGAUAAGGACCAGAGCCCAGAAGGAGCUUGGGCAGCAGCAGGCUUUGCUGUUGUUCUUGUUGUUGUUGGUCUACCAGUUUGGUGGUACACAACUACAGUUUAUCGUGCUCAUCUGCCAUAUUCAACUAUUGAGGAAUUGUCGGGUCAACUGAGAUACCAUGCUGUGGGACUGACUCUGAUUGGUGUGCCUUCACCUUCUUUCUCAGCUAACCUGGAAAAACAUGUGCGCCACUUCCGAUCAGUGAAGUUCCACAUGUCCCUGAGAAGAACCAGGAAAGAUGAGAUGGAGGUUAUGCGUGCCGCUACUUCCUUGGAAGAGUUGGACACAAAGUUGUCAAGAAUAACCCGGGCUGCACCAGGCACUUUAGCUGUGUUUGUGAUUCCAGAUGAUAGAUUCUUUGAGGACGCUGGUGUUAGUAUUGUUGUUGGCAGACAUCGCUUGGUACUUGUGAAGAUAGAUAUAGACAUGUUUUUGUUGGCCAAAGUGCUGAAGAGUAUGACUAUGGAUCCCCUGGCUAAUAUAAGAGUUGAAGAGGCCAAGAUACUUCAAGAGUUGCGAGGUUUACACAAACGGGAAGCAAUGAGACAGGUCCCAACUGAACCAGGGUAUGAUGUGACUCUGACAUUAAUGGUCCCAGAGCCACAUAUCACAAGACCAGUGUGGAAUGCUCAGAAAGCAGUAGAUGUUUCCUUGUUCCAAGAUGGGGUGGUGUGAUGAUUCACAAUGUUCAAGAUCCAGAAAUUAAUAGUACUUAUCCUCGUGAAGUCACCUUGGAUUCUCACUGGAUCAUGAAGACAGUGCUCACUCAUCUGCAUCGGUUAUUGCCUGUACCAAAUGUGAAAGAAGACAAAGAAGUGUUGUUACUGCCUUCGCGGGACUCGACUAGAUUAACUGAAUGGCAGCUUGAUGGCUUGGCCCGUGCUCGUGUGUCUGCAUAUUUGUCCAACAUCAAGAUUACAUUACAGUCCCUGUGUGAAUUGGUUGGUGAGAUCAGCAACAUGGUAAUCAGCGAUGAAGUUGGAGGAUGGGUGUGGGGUGCAGUGGAGGAGUGGAGGGAAUGUAGCAGUGCAGCAAGAGAAGGCAGGCUGCAAGAGGCAACUUUCUACUGUGGUCGAUCCUUCACCCAGGCUGAUGCUGCCUUCUUCCACCCAUCCUUGUUAGCACUUCUGUAUUUUCCGGAUAACCAAAAGUAUGCCAUCUAUGUUCCACUGUUUCUGCCAGUGAGCAUCCCUGUCAUCUUGUCCUUCAAAAUGCUCCUUGGGCUGUACAAAGGGUCUGUAACCUUGAAAGUAAAAGAGGAAUAAAAGAGUCUUGUAAUUCAUUCAAUAUGCAACAAGAGAAAUAAUGUUUGUUUUUGGGUUACAAGAUUACAAAAACUUAUUGUUGCAUAGAUCACUUGCAAUGACUUUGAUUUCAAAGCACUUUGUUCACCAGUGUCAUGUCUAGUGCAGUGCAUAUGAUAACAGCAUCAUAGAAAAUAUGAUUGUAGAUACUCUUUACUGAAAAAGUGGCUAUGAACAAAUUAAAAGUCUUACUGUUCAAAGCAGGUAAAUUUCUGUUUAAUGUCUUUCUAAUUCUUAUUAUGACUAUUUUCUUAUGUAUAUAUGGACAGAAAUCAUAUUUCUUAAACUUUUUUAUGUCAAUAUUGUAGUUUCAUAUGUUCCAGGGCAUUCCAACAUAUGGUUUGAGAUAUAUAGCACUUUCAGAGUUUCAGAUAUUAAUUUUCCUAGGUAGACAACACCUCUGUAACAUAUUAAGAGUUAUUUUAGAUGAGGACUAAUGAGUUCCCCACAUCAAGUCAUUGAUUGCACAUUUGAAAGAACUAGUUGAAAAUUGUGAAUUAUGAGGUCUUGCUAUCUGCCUGUAAGGCAGAGAACUCUCUGGAUUGUCCGUUAUAAUAAAAUUCAGAAUGCAUUCCUAUUUUCGAAUGAAUGCAUCUCACAUCUUUGUAUUAAAGUAAUCAGUCUUUCCUAUAAUGUAUGGGCCAAGUAGUCAGGUAAUAACCAGUAUCAACCACUGCUUUCAAUAUUGCUCUCUGCAAUAUAUUACCUUGUAGGGUAAUUGGAUAGUAAUGAUGAUGGAUUUGGAAGUGAAACAUACUGCAAAUAUGUUAUAAUUAGGUAAACUUAUUGAGCAAUUCAAAAUUGGUGAUGCACCAAUUUUUUUUUUCCCAUUAGCAGUAGAAAAUCACUGGAUUUUUUUUCUAGAGCAUGAAUAACAUAACAAAAACAUUUUUUUUGUUUUUUAUGAAACCAUAAAAGAAUAAAAUAUUAAAUCAAGACAAAAAUACAGAAUUAUACAUUAAUCAUUGACUGUUGCACAAAGUGGCUGCUUUCCUUCUUGGGUUUCCAUUAAACCACAGGGAGACCAGAUUAAUACAGUGACAUCACACCCAGUCAAGAACUACAUCAGGGCCUAUGUCACCAAGCACUUAUUUUAUUCCAAGGUAGUUGCAUUUCUAGGAUUUAGUCUUAUCUCUACCCACAUAGUUUUUAAAUCAGAAAGUGGCAGUCCUUCAAAAGAUUACUGUGUUAUGAUAAGAAUAUGCUCAAUUGUGCAGAUGUAUGCUUGAUUAAGGCAUAACCCUAAGGUUAAAAAGGGUAAGAUUUAAUAGAGGUCUAGUCUCUUUUGGUGAUGAAAGGUAUGUGUUAGGAAAGUGAAAAUGCAUGAUGAAUAGCAUGGUAAUUCCAUUUCUGUUUUAUGUAAGUGGAAUUUAUUGUAAAAAUGUUUACUCAAUGUAAUUUGUAUCUUUACAUCCAGAACAGUUUCAUGAACAGUAUUAAUUAAAGUCAGUGUAAUAAUGUUCAUAUUAUUAAGAAUAAUUGUGUGCAUUUCUGUCUUUGGACGGACUGAUUUGGGCUAAUAAACUUGUGUAGUAGCGCAUUUAUGUAUAGAUGUACACACUUUCAUCUGGAAAUAGCCAGUGUAUGUAUGAAAAUAAAAAGAUCAACUA